AUGAGACCUCACGUCCUCCUCCCCUUCCUCCUUCCUUUGACAACCGCAACGCCCAAGCUCCAAGACUUCGACGCCCUCGGCGCUUGGUUCGACGGCAUCAACGCCAUAAACACCAACAAUGAAACACACAACUUCACAAACAAAAACACCACAAUCGCCAUCAUCGGCGCCGGCAUCUCAGGCCUCACAGCCGCCCUCCUCCUCGAUAGCGUCGGAAUCCACAAUUGGGAAAUACUCGAAGCGAGUAACCGGGUAGGAGGGCGUUUCCGAACCAAACUCGUAGGGAACACAGGCGAAUGGGCCGAAAUGGGGCCCAUGCGGCUGCCUGUUAGGGUUCGGUAUAACGACGGCGAGACGGUGGAGUACUCGGACCAUGCCAUGGUGUUCCAGCUGUCGGAGCUGUUAAAUAAUAUGAAUGGGAAUGAGAGCCAGUGGAAGAUUGAUUUCAUUCCGUGGAUCCAGCAUCAUGAGAAUGAGUUGUUGGCUCGCGGGACAGGUCGGUUGGCUGAUGGGUCUAUUCCGACCAGGCGGGAGGUAUAUGGGAAUGAAACUGGAUUGGGGACUAAGGAUCCCAUGACCACUGCUGAGUACGAGAGAACUAAGAGUAAGAUGGAGGGAAUAUUGAGUGCGAAGGACAUGCUGAAGUUCAUUCAGAGGGAUGUGUGGCGGGCGCAUCGGGCUGUCAUGGAUCGUGGAUUGGACGAGUGGAGCGAGCAGGCGAUGAUGAAGCAUGUGUUCAACGCUAGUGUGAAUGUGACGGAUGCUAUUUGGACAGAUAGUGACUAUGAUGUGUUCUGGGAUGAGAUGCAUCAUAAUUCCAACCUUGGGUUAGAUGGGAGUCCUGGUUCUUUGGGGGAGACGGAAUGGGUUUGCAUCGACCGUGGGUUCAACCGGUUAUCGGAUGCAUUCUUGCCACAUGUCAGCGACCGGCUUGUUCUGGACAGGAAGAUUCGGAAGCUAGAGGCUGUUGAUGGGCCUGAUGGGCGCAUGCAGACACGCUUGUCAUGGUAUCCAUCCGUUGAAAAUCGGACAUACGAGAGCAAGACAUAUGAUUAUACGAUUAUGGCGGUGCCCUUUACUAUGACGCGGUUCAUGGACUUGCCUAAGUUUUCUUCAGUUCUGGGCCGCGCCAUCAGUGAGGCUGGGUUGCGGUUCAAGUCUGCCUGUAAGGUGGCUCUGCUCUUCUCGGAGCGCUUCUGGGAGAACGGUGAUAAGCCUAUUUACGGCGGGUAUUCUACUCCACCGAGCAAUUCUGUCGGAGCCUUGUACUACCCCGUUUACGGACUGAAUGAGUCCCGCCCGGGCCUUAUCAUGCAUUACCGUGGUGGAGAUUGGAGUGAUCGGUUCGUCAGUUUCUCAGAUGAAGAGCAUGUGCAGACUGUGCUGGAUGCUGUGGUUUCCCUGCAUGGAGAACAGGCUCGUGAGUUGUAUACUGGUGAUUAUGAACGACUCUGCUGGUUGCAGGAUGAGCAUACUGCUACAUCGUGGUGUCGGCCUGAUGUCGAGCAACAUCGGCUUUAUAUUCCGGCUUAUCAUCAGACUGAACAUAAUACGAUCUUUAUCGGGGAGCAUACGGCCCCGACGCAUGCGUGGGUGAGUAGCUCUUUACACUCGUCUGUUAGGGGCGUUGUGCAGUUGCUGUUGGAGCUUGGGCUUGUUGACGAGGCGAAGAGAAUUAAUAAAGAAUGGAUGGGGAGGUGGAUUCGAUAG